AUGUGUGGCAUAUUAUUUCGAUUACAAAAAUCUGCCAUAAAUGAUUCAUUCCACGAUGAAUUGUGGAAUCAAUUGAUUAUUCGAAAUAAACAACGUGGGCCGGACAUUCAAGGGAAAUUCUCUAAAUCAAUCCAAUUUUCCCCUUCAUUUAUAAUCAAUUUAAUAUUUUACGGCGCAGCUUUACAUUUACGAGGACCUACUGUUAAUAAACAACCUUUGAUAGAUAACGAUGAACAAGAUGUGUUACUAUGGAACGGGGAGAUAUUUAAUGGUAUUGAGGUUCCACCUGGAGAAAAUGAUACAAAAUAUCUCUUUGCAGCUUUGAAAGAGAGUCAUAAGGUUGAAAAUGAUAAGGAUCAAAAUGAUGUGAUACUUGAGAUUCUUCAAAAGAUUGAAGGACCAUACGCGAUUGUUUACUGGCAGAAUUCAAGACGUAAAUUAUGGUUUGGACGAGAUUGCUUGGGAAGACGAUCUUUAUUAUGGCAUUUACCUUCUGAAGGAGAUGACAAUUUUAUAUUAACAUCUGUCGGAUGUAAUAUUUCACGAGCUUCAGAAGCAUCUUCUUCAUCAUCUUAUUUUACAGAAGUUCCGGCUAACGAACCUUUGGAAGAGUUCUUGACACAUUACAAAUGGCAUGAAGUAAAUGAAUCAGUCAAUGAUUCUUCAGUCAAUGACACUUUUCCAAGCCCCGAAGAUCUACCUCAGUUGCCUAAUCCAUUAGACGUAUCCAAUACUCCUUUCGUUCCAGCCAUAUCACCUGAAAUCCAAAUAGCUAUAGAUAAACUAAUCGAAGAAUUGGGAGAUUCCGUAAAACGACGCGUCAUAGAUAUUCCACGUACAAGAUCAAUUUGGGAUGCUCGAGUGGCUAUCAUGUUUUCUGGAGGAUUAGAUUGUAUCUGUCUUGCCGUUUUAGCAGAUAAAUAUAUUCCAAAGGAAGAAACGAUUGAUUUAUUGAAUGUAGGGUUUGAAAAUCCAAGGAUUCAGCAAGCAAAGAAAGAUAAAAAGAAAAGGAUAUCUCAUGAAGUUCCUAAGAACUCUAUUUAUAAUGUUCCGGAUAGGUUGACGGGAAGACAAGGAGUUGAGGAAUUGAGGAAAAUAGCACCUGAUCGUAAAUGGAACUUCGUAGAAGUGAAUGUUCCAUAUGAAGAAGCUUGUGCUUUCAAGAAUGAAGUAACGGAAUUGAUGGCUCCAUCAGAUACAAUUAUGGAUUUGAGCAUAGCGAUGGCUUUUUGGUUUGCAGUUCGCGGAAAGGGUUUGUAUGAUGAAAUUCAUUUAUCUACUUUGCAAGUACCGAAGUUUAUUGACGCUUUAACCUUUUUAUUUUACAGUAAAGCUAGAGUUAUACUCGUAGGAGUUGGAGCAGAUGAGUUGUUGGGAGGAUAUUCAAGACACCGUGAGGCGUUUAGACACGGCGGUUGGAAAAAACUAAUUGAAGAGAUACAACUUGAUGUUGAUAGAAUCUCAACCAGAAAUUUAGGCCGUGAUGAUAGGAUAAUUUCUUCACACUCUAAAGAAUCAAGGUUCCCUUAUCUCGCAUCGAAUGUUGUGUCUUUCUUAUGUUCAUUGCCUAUGCAUACUAAAGUGGAUAUGAGGUAUGAAAGAGGGAUUGGAGAAAAACUUUUGUUACGUCAUGUAGCGAGACAAUUAGGAUUAUUUAAUGCAAGUUCUUUAUGGAAAAGAGCUAUACAAUUCGGAGCAAAGACUGCAAAGAUGACCAGUGAGAAUAACAAAGAGAAGGGAAAUAUGAAAGUUGGUAAGGAAUAA